AUGUCACUCCCAGUCCUCAUCGAUUUAACAGACAAACCAUUCGAUGCCUUCAACCCAUACCUUCAAAACCAGAUAUAUCAGACCAGGAGUUCUAUUGAACAUUUCGAACAUCAAUGGGAAGACAUAUUAGAUUUAAUACCGUCCAUCAUUCAGUGUGGCGAUCUCUAUUUCAAUAAGUGGCUUGCGCUGAUUUCCACGUUGGGAAGUAUGAGUGAAGUCACUCCGAUCUCAGAGGACAUCACCUCACUGUAUAUGAAUCUACGCCAACACUUCGAGUAUCAGAUGCUGAUUGUCAACGAACUCAAAAUAUGGAGAGAGACAGUUCUGGAUGGAUUGGGCGGGUUUGCUGAGCAAAGAAAGGCUGCAAAAGAGUCGAGCAAACAGACACGAAGAAGGUUCCAAGCAACAUACAACAGGUGUAUUCGGCAGUACCCCAAUUUCGAGAAAGAACAACUCGAAGAGAAGAAGAAAGAAUACCAGUUGGCUGUUUUGCGAGAAGGAAACACGUUGAACAAACAAAUUCAGUUGCUCACAUUACUCACGGAAGAUAACAUCGUUCACUUAUUUAACAUGUACUCCAAGUACAUAUCAAACACCGCAAAACGACACUUCGACGAAGAAACACAAACACCAAAAGUGAACUCAUUGAUCGUGCAGGCAAAUGCGUUUCGCUCGAGUAUUGCCAUCGCACGAGAACCCCUCAUCAUCCCACACACACUCGGCGGGUUCUUGACGCGCAAAGAGUCUGCAGCGUGUGACAAACGCUUGUAUUAUAUCUUCGACAAUGAUUGUAUACUCGGGUUACAACAAUUAAAUGACAAGUUACAGGAAAUGGAUCGCGUGAAUAUCAUCACAACCAAUUUUAAACCCGUUGACAACACUUUGGAGUGUAAUGGCAUCAAUGGAAAAUUCACGUUUUACACUGCGACAAAAGAGGAAGCGAUGGAAUGGAAAUUGAUGGUUGAGAAACAAAAGGAAAACGUGUUAAACGGGACUUCUGUGAAUGACCGAGUCAUCAAUCCGUUACUGAAUGAAAUCAUGAAACGAGAGGGCAACACAAAAUGUUCCGAGUGUGGUUGUAAAGACCCGCAGUGGAUAUCUGUGAACCUUGGAAUCCUUUUUUGUAUCAAAUGUAGUGGUAUACACCGGAGUCUUGGUGUUGCAUUUAGUCGUGUCAAAAGUACAACGCUUGACAAUAUUGAAGACUAUGUGAUCAGAAUAUUAGACGCGUUGGGGAACGACAAAGUCAAUUCGGUCUAUCAGCAACACUAUAUGUUAACCCCUGACAGUACUACAGAGGAACGGUCGAAUGUCAUCUCGCGGAAAUACAUUCGAAAGCAAUUUGUCGCAAGCGAAGACACUAACUGGGAACAGAGAGCAGUGUCUGCAGUUCAAAACAACACGAUAGAAGACCUUGUGAAAGUGUUGGCUCACAUUCAAAUAGUGACAUUGUAUGGGAAGAAGUUACUGAUCACUGCGGUUAGAUUGAGACAUACGGCCAUUGCCUGUUACCUAACAGUGAAUGGAUAUGACAUGAAUGAAAUUGAUGAAAAUGGAAAUACGGCAUUGCAUAUAGCAACGGAAACAUUGCAAAUGGGUAUAGUCGCGUGUUUGGUCAAAUUCAAAUGUGAAGUAAAUGUUGUGAAUCAGGAACAGAAAACGGCAUACGACAUCGCAGUUGAAAAGGGCGAUGGACUUAUUACGUCGGUCCUUAGGUUCGCGAUGAAUAACGAUUUCCAAGACCUGAAUGAAGUCAUGACGCAUGUGGAGAACCAACUCAGUCUAAAUCAGUAA